CGUACUUUAAUUCUUACUGUUUCUAUUGAAAGUGCUAGUCCAGAAUACACCAGAACAGACGACAAUGGACGGACUAAUAUGUAGAAUUUGCCUGGAUAACGAGGGAACUGUGUCUCUCUUCGACAAAGAGAAUGAUAACGUUCAAUACUCUACAAAGCUCAUGCGUUUUGUUAAUACUGUUGUCGCCGAGGAUGACGGCUUGCCGGGAAUGCUCUGCGGGGGCUGCAUCGGUGAGCUGAGCCUGUCCUAUCAGUUCGUCCAGAAAUGCGAGGCGUCGGACCGGGUGCUUCGCUGUAUUAGCUCGCCCAUCGACUUGUACACCGACAUCGAAACUAAAGACGAACUAGGAAUCAAGCUCGAGCACGUGAAACAGGAGAUCGACGCCAUAAACAGGCAGGACAGCCUGGACGGGGACGAAUUCUUUGAGAACUCGGAACAGACGUGCGAGCGAGAAAAGAGUGAAGAUACCAAAGGUAAGCCUCGUAAGAGAAGAACUCACACAAAGUUGGGCAAAGUUCAGUGCGGCGUGUGCGGCCUGGUGGUCCCGAGCCGGUCCGCCAUGGAAGCGCACGUCCGCGUCCACACCGGGGAGAAGCCUUUCGCCUGCAGUGUCUGCGGCAAGCGGUACCCCACCCGGGGCGGCCUGAAGCGCCACCACGAGACCUCCCACCAGGAGAGGGAGAGGAAGUUCACGUGCGAGCUGUGCGGCAAGAGUUUCUACAGGAAGCAUGACAUCAGAACUCACAUGAGAGUGCACACGGACGAGAAGCCGUAUGCUUGCAUGUACUGCCCGAGGCAGUUCACACAGAUAUCCUCCCGGAAUCGCCAUCAGAGGACUCACACAGGCGAGAAGCCCUAUGCCUGCCCUAUAUGUGAUAUGCGGUUCAGUGACAAGGUUCAGGAGCGGAGACACCAGGCUACCCACAGUGACGAGAGGAAGUUUGGCUGCCACCUGUGCAGCAAGACCAUGAAAACACGGUACGCCCUCGUCAAUCACUUGAAGCUUCAUAGAAACGAGAAGCAAAACAUAUGCAACUUCUGCGGUAAGGCAUUCGCCGUGAGAGGUAAUUUGCAGCUUCACAUCCGUAGAGUGCACUCCGAGACCUCAGGCCAGUGUUCCGUGUGCCAGAAAACCUUCCCUAACCUCGAGACUCAUAUGAGGAAACAUACGGGGGAAAAGCCCUACGAGUGUCAUAAAUGUACUGCAGCUUUUGCUAUGAAACGGAGUCUGACACAUCAUGUGAUAUUCAAACAUGAAAACCCGCACAAGUACAAGUGCUCGGUGGGAGAUUGUACCAAGACAUUCCCGAGAAGCAGGAUGCUGGAGUUCCAUCUACUGAAACACACAAACCACACACCCUACAUCUGUCCGCACUGCUCCAGGGGUUUCUUUAGAACGAGUGAUCUGUCUCGCCAUUUGAGAGUCAGUCACAUGGAUGUACAAGUUAGAGGUACCAUUAAAACUGUAAUUGUAUGAGACCUAUAAUUAGAAUUAAAAUGUUC